AUGCAGCCCCGACUGGCCCGCGGCACCCACGCCCGGCCAGCCCCGGCCCGACUCACUGCGAGGUGCUGCCGGCCAGCUCCUGCCGCUCUCGCCGCCGGCCGCUCCUCCUGCGCGGCGCCGCGGGCUCGGCUCCACCUCCGGCUCCGGCGGCCGCGGAGCCUCCGGAGACCCGGGGCGGGGAGCGCGCGGGACCGCGGCCAAGCCCCGCGCGCCGGGUGGGGGCUGCGAGCCUCGGGGAGGGGGGCCGCGAGCCGCCGGGCGGGGGUCACGCCGGCCGCGCUCCCGCAGUGGGUCCCUCCGCCGGGAGCGGGCGCCCCCACAGCGGCAGUCACACCGGGAGACCACCCCGCAGGUGGCGGCUCCACGCGCGCCUGUGACCUGGAAAAGUUGAGGGAGGGGCAAGGACUGGGCGGUGGCAGGGGGCCCCACAGAAAGUGAUCGGUGGCUACUCGGCGAGUGUGGUCCUUCCUCUUUCUGGGCAGAGCCCCCCUCGCGCAGCCUCCUCCUUCCCCCCCUUCUUGUCCCCCUUGCUUUCCGUGGGCUGCCCUCCCCUCCCCGGGCAGA